GUCAAGCAGUGGAGGAAGAAGGAACGUCGCUCCUCUCUCACCCUCACGGACUUUAUUAUCACCAUUAUUAUUACUGCACUACCAUUAGCCCUAUGGUUCAGCUUGCUUUACUCUCGUAUCUUUGGCUCUGACCAUGAAGACGUUAACACACUACCCAAAACUUUCGUCAACAAAUAGUGAUGAGACCAGAUCAUCCAGCAAGUACCAGUUAUUCUACUAAGGCGAGGCAGAGCUAACAAAUUUCUCUCCGUCAGUGAAUCAGUGAGUGAGUCAUUUCCAUACAGAGCCAGUGGUGGUAGCUAAGGAAGAGAGAAAAAAAAAUAUACUAAACUCACAUAUUCAGCAGAAACACUGUAUGGUGAACCUUUGAACCAAUAUACUGAGGGUCACGAGAGACAAGAGGUGUGAUGGAGAACGCGAGGCAAACGUUAAAGAAAAUAUAACUCAGGAAUUGUCAAAGAAAAUGCGACUCAAAAGCCCCCAUAAAUAAAUAAAUAAACGUGAUUGAGAAGCUGUCAUAGAAGGUUUGACUCGAAGAGAAAACGUAACAUAACACAGAUAUAGAAAAUAAGGUUGAGGUACACGUAACACACUGAGAACGAUGGCUGGGGUGAGACACAAGGAGCCGUGGCCAGGUGUGUAGGCCAACAAUACCUGAUUAACACCACAUCUGCUGCACCUGGGACCAUCACACAAACACCUGGGUCAAGAUGCGUCGAUCGUCCUACUCUUUGCUGGAUCAGAAUCCACCCCCGCCGUCUGUAGACUGCGAGGCUCAGGCUGGUGACGCCCUGCUCACGCCCGAGGAGGAGACAAACAUGCCAUCCUGGACAAACCUAAGAGCCAAGAUCCUGUCCUUUACUCGAGGCCGCAGUAAGAGCCCGACACUCAAGAGUCCUGGAAGCAGGAGUCCUACGUGUCGCAGCCCUACAGCAAGGAGUCCCGCCCUACGCAGCCCUGCAAACAAAAGUCCAGCUUCUCGGAGUCCUACAACCUGCAGGAGUCCUGGCAGUAAAAGUCCUACAGCUCGCUCACCAUGUAGUCGCUCCCCAACUAUUCAGUCUCCCAAUCGCUCCCCAACAAACAAGUCACCACCUCUGAGAUCUCCCACGCAACGCUGGGCGCCACCUCCGUCUCUCAAUAAAAGAGGUUCCUUCUCACGAGGAUCUUCACGGGAGUCCCGAGGCUCCCUUGUGUCUCCCACGGGAGUGGUGGAGUUCAUAGAAGGACAACCAAUACGUCGCAAUUCCGGAUCUAAAGUCAAACGCUGUCUGAAAAAGGCUUUCAGUCUUAAUCUCGGAGAAGGAGUGGAGGACGGCGGGGAACUCGAGAGCCCUGUCGGGGGCGUCGUCGGUGUUCCAGGGGGACGUAAGGUGAAGCUCAAGAUCCGAUCAUCGCCGGUAGAGCAGGUGAUGGAGAUGACUCAGUGGGAAGAGGAUGAAGAGAACGCUGUUGCUGCCGCUAGACGCACCCGCAAAUGGUCUUACCACGGCACCGCUACUCCCUCAUCACCAGUGGAAGCUCCCAAACGUCACUCUUUCAGCACGGUGUCAGAUCGCGCGGGCAUCGUGGUAACUAACAAUGAUUUGGUAUCACUACUCGGAACAACACACCGCCUCACGCCCCCAGGAAGGCCACUGCCUGAAGAUGUUCCUCCAGAACCUCCUAGUCUCCCCAACCCACGCGCCAGAGGUCGCUCUCAGAGCAUCGCUGUGUGUUGGGAUAAUCAACAGAAUCCAACGAGCGGCGCAAAGCCUGACGGCGACGGACCUAAAGUCCCCAUUACAAUCCGCAGAACUGACUGUGAUUACGUUGCGUUGCCUCUACUAUCUCAGAACUGCUCGGCACUGGAGACUCCCGAAGAGGAAGACGAAGUGGAAGAGAACGAAAAGGACGGGGAAGAUAAAGAAGGUAAGCUGCCGUGGGAUUCGUCUGGGUCAACCAUCGACGCGGGACUGCUGGGCUCCGUGAUCGAGCAGUACCUUAAGACGCCCAAAGAUGACGACGUCGGAGAAGUGGCGUCCUCUCUAACUGGUUUACAGGUCAAGUGACGUCCAACUCGCCAUCACCAGUACCAGGUCUCUACGGUGCCAUAUCGUGCCUCCGGGUCAGACCAGCAGCUCCUCACCGCUUCACUCUCACGUCAGUCGUCAUUGUCGGACCAGUCGCAGGCCUCUUCCUUAUCCCGGCGUUCCUCGAUGGCAGAUUUGUGCCCGCCGAUCACCUCCUUGUCGCGCCGUUCAUCGGGAUCAUCAGAUGUGUAUCAACACAGCCCUUCUCCAUCACGCCGUUCCUCAGGACUAGACCAAUAUCCCUACUGUAUUUCGUCAUCACGCCGUUCCUCUGGCUCGGACAACUAUCUCCAGGUCACCUCCUUAUCACGCCGUUCCUCUAUAUCGGACCACUCUUCACAGAGCCCCUCUCCAUCACGGCGUUCAUCGGGAUUAGAAUAUCCCUAUUUCGGAUUUUCAUCACGUCGUUCCUCUGGAGCAUCAGAUCAGUUCCCGCAAGCCACAUCUCCAUCACGCCGUUCCUCUGGGUCUGAUCACUACCCACAGGCCAUCUCUCCAUCAUGCCGUUCCUUCGGGUCACGACGUUCCUCUGGGUCUGAUCAAUAUCCUCAGUUCACAUCUCCAUCACGCCGUUCCUCGGGCUCAGACCAGUCCUCGGUGGCAUUUUCUGCAUCAUCUCGGUCUUCCGGGUCAGACCCUCAGGCUCCUUCUCCAUCACGCCGCUCCUCCUGCUUAGAUCAUUACCCCCUGGUUACAUCUCCCACAUGCCGUUCCUCUUGGUCGGAGAAACAUAACGUGACCUCCCCAUCACGGCGCCCUUCGGUGUUAGAACAGCAUCCCCAGGUUACAUCUCCAUCACGCCGUUCCUCCUGGUCUGAAAAACACCCACACAUCAACUCUCCAUCACGCCGUUCUUCCUGGUCGGAGAAACAAAACGUGACAUCCCCAUCACGCCGCCCCUCGGUGUUAGAACAGCAUCCCAAGGUCACAUCCCCAUCACGCCGUUCCUCUUGGUCUGAAAAACAGCCACACGUUACUUCCCCAUCAGGCUGUCCCUCUGGGUUAGAACAGCACCCAGAGGCUACCUCCUCACCACGCCCCUCCUCCUGGUGUGAGCGAAACCCCCGCAUCACAUCACCAUCACGCCGUGGGUCCUGUUCCGAUAUCACCAACAAACGGAAGGACACCACCUCCAGUCGUCCAGGGUCCCGGGGGUCCAACACCAGGGUCAAUCCUAAACCUGCCAGAGACCAACAAGCUCAGGGGUACGAGAGGCCAAGGGAGACGCUGACACCCUUCGACCGUCUGUGGCGCCCCCUGUACGCCAUAGAUGUCUUCUCCUUCAUCCCGACUCUGAUCAACUGUUUCGUUUUUGACGAUUCCGGCUGAGUGGUCAACCUCAAGACCUGUUAUACUCAAGGUCCUAAACAACGUUAGUGAGGUGUUAUACAUGUAUAUACCAAUAACCCUUCAAUGUGGACAAGUAGAUGUAUGAUGAGUAACUGUAUUAUAUGCCUAAACUACGCGCUAAUAUGUGGUCAUACUGAAGCGUAUGGGUAUUAAUAUAAUGGCCUUGUGUACUUUCAUAUAAUCACGCAAGCAUAUUUUUUAUUGUUGUAACUGUUGGUAUACACAUGAUGUUAACAUUAAUACAAGUGCAGUCAUUCACACCGUCAACACACACGACCUAUAUCCUGUAAAUAAACAUGAUUUACUCAGCUUUGAUUCACCUAAAACAAACAAUUCUCGUAGAAACACAAAUAAUGCCAACUAACAUUGCUAAGAGACAAUAAUUAUGAUCACGCCUUCAUAACACGUAACUAGUACUUCAAAACUUAUAAAAUACAAAUGUCUCGCAAUUUACAGUAGUGAUGAUUUUGUCGCGAGAACAUUUGAGAAUCCAGGAAAUGUGAUGUAGCUUAAAUGAGUCAGCUUGAUGCAUUCUCAUAUCUCCCAGUUACGAGUAAAUUCAUGGUAAGAAUCUUUGAGUAUCUAUCUGUGUGUUCCAACCUAAAUGAGACAAUAUAAUGCGAUAUAACCUCCACAAUUAAAGGGGGAAAAUAUACCGUAUUACCUCUUCAUUAACACGACGGGCCAUGACUUACCUUGACCUGACCUUCUGCGUAUCGUGGCAUGAUAUUACGGCCUGACAUCACAUCAUGACAUGAGUUUGGUACAUCAUGAAUACAACAACAAAAUCUGAAAACAUGAUAUCACUAAGCAUGACGAUAUAACAUUAUUACGAGAUAAGAUUAAAUCACCUCACGACGAGAGACCAUGAAAUGUCACUACCAUUUCCAUCGUUACCACCUUGCUAUCAUCCUCUAUCCCCACCACCACAGUCAUUCACCAUCUUCCAUCAUCACCAACACUUCAGUCAAUCACCACCAUUCACCACCAACACCCCAGCCAAUCACCAUAUUCCAUCACUAAUACCCCAGCCAAUCACCAUCACCCACCACCACCAUCCCAGCCAAUCACCACCUUCAACCACUCCAGCAUAUCGCCAUCACCCACCACAAUCCCAGCCAAUCACCAUCACCACCAUCCCAGCCAAUCACCAUCACCCACCACCAUCCCAGCCAAUCACCAUCACCACCAUCCCAACCAAUCACCAUCACACACCAGCCCUCAGAGAGAUUUCGGCAGACACGACAACCAAUCAAUCAAUAUCAAAUUUGCGUCCUCAUUCGCCAUAGAUAAGAAGAGGCUUCAACCACGGACCACGGACGCCUUUAAUAACGGACCAUAUAAGCAUUCAACCACGGACCAUGGAAGCCUUUAAUAACAGACCAAAUAAACAUUAAACCACGGACCAGAAGGGUUACAAAUUACAAUCACGGUCCAUGGAAGCCUUCAAUAACGGACCAAAUAAGCAUUCAACCACGGACCAGAAGGGCUAGAACCACGGACCAUGGAAGCCAACAUAUAUAAAUCAGAGGAACCGAGCUAAUUGAGAGAGAGAGAGAGAGAGAGAGAGAGAGAGAGAGAGAGAGAGAGAGAGAGAGAGAGUCCUGAUGUCGUGUUGAGUCCUCUCCAAUUUCCAGGAUCGAUCGCAGGGACUUUGAGGUGCACACUCGACUGACGGCUGACCACAUCUCCACGCUGUCUAUUUGCCAUUCGACGCCCGUAAAAUAUUAAUUUACUUUGGCUAGGAGAAAAAGUCACGAAAGUCAACUAGAUCAGUCAAUCAGUCAGUUAUAUAAAGCUACGGUAAGCCAGGGAAAAUUUGUACACUGCUAGGCAAAGUUACUAUAAAGUGCGUGAAGCUACUCAGAGCUAAAAAAAAAAAUUCAAUAGGUAUAAGAAGUUACAAAAAGUUUUCCAAAGCCACAUGAAGCUAUAAAAUGACAAAGCUAUAUAAAGUCACAUGAAGUUAUACAAAGCCACAUAAAGCUAUAUGAAGCCACAUGAAGCUACAUAAAGCUACACAAAGUUAUACAAAGCCAAACAGAGCUAUAUAAAGUCACAUGAAGCUAUACAAAUCCGCAUAAAGCUAUGUAAAGCCACAUAAAGCUAUAUAAAGCCGCAUAAAGCUAUAUAUAUAUAGCCACAUACAGCUAUAUAAAACUAAACAAAGCCACAUAAAGCUAUAAAAAGCCGCAUAAAGCUAUAUAAAGCCGCAUAGUUAUAAAAAGCCUAUACAUAGCUAAGCCACAACUAUCCAUCACACAGGAAUGUUCAAGCAGGCAGCAAUUAUCCACCACCAAAACAUAACACAAAAACACAAGUGGUCAUUUAUUACUACAGACAUUACCUUUCCCACAGCAUUGGUUAAAUAAUGGCUCUUGUUUACCCAGGCACGCCAAUAUGAACAGAUUAAUGGUGCUGUUCCUUUAUGUAGUAGUGCUUCAGAGGGUUGUUGUUUUUUAAAAGGGCGUUGUGUCUGUCAUCUGUUAGUCUAGAAUCACAGCCUCCUCUGACCUAUGUCUUGUACGACACACAAAUCUACAAGAGAAAAAUAAUUCUAUUUAUGCUCAGAAAGGCUUGUUCCUCAGUUCAUCACCCUUCUCUAUAUCAGGAAAACAUUCAGGAACGGUGGGAACGGGACACCUAAACUAUAGAGGGGGUAGGACUAUAUGAACGGAGGACCAACCACCUCAUGAACACAACACACACAGGACUCAAGUGUUUUUUUACUCGUAGUGUUGACAACUGUUGACACAAAAACAUGUAACAUACAGAUCUGAAAUGUGUUAUUGAUGUUAUCUGUGAGUGAGUGUUUAGUUUCAGUGUUUUUCAAGCAAUUAGGAUAUUUGCUUCUGAUUUGUUUACAUUCUGGCUGCGAGAUCUUGUGUGGUGAUGUCGUCUCUUUUAAAUGUCAUCUCUGUGUGGUGAUGUCAUGUUACUUAUCAUCUCAAUAUCUAUAUGAUGAUGUCAACUUUCUGAACAUUAUUUGUCUGUGGCGAUGUAAAACUUAUUCAACGUCAUUAUCUCUGUGGUGAUGUCUCCUGAUGUCAACUCCUCUUGGCGGAGUGAAAGACAUUUAGGCGAUGUCACUCCUUUAUAAUGACAUCACCACUAUUGCUAAUUUAAUACACUUUUUAAUGUCAUUCUCGUACAGUGACAUCUCUCACUAAUAAUAAUAUCUUCUCACGAUCUGGUAGUGACGUCAGCAGGCUACACUGAUAUCAAUUCACUGUACUCAUAUCAUCAUCUUGACACUCUAGUAUACUGUAGUGUCACUCCUGUAUACCAAACCUUUAGAACCUUGGAUAAAUGUAUUGUACAUCCCGUAGAAAAAUACAAAACCAUUAAAUGUUGUCGAAAGGUGGAAAGUAAAUUUUAAUAUACGUAAAAAAAAAAAUAUAUAUCAGACUGGUGAAACAAAUAUUUUAGAUGUUUCACUCGGCUAAAUAUAUGUGUGAUGAACGUGUGAUUUGAUUUGAUAUUUUGAAUUUUCUUUACCGUGUGUUUUGUAAAAGAUAUCGCAUAUCUCCCUCUACCUGGUAUAAAACUGAUAAUAAAAUAUAAAGCGAAGUAA